AUGGCGGCGCUCUGCCCGUGCCAGGCGCUGCUGGCCCGCCGCGGCGGGGCUCUGCGGGGGCUCUGCGGCGCCGUGCGGGGCCUCGCCGGGGGGCCGGAGACGCAUUUCGGCUUCCAAACCGUGACGGAGGCGGAGAGGAGGGAGAAAAUUUACCAGGUGUUUGAAAGUGUGGCCAAGAAAUACGAUGUAAUGAACGAUUCAAUGACUCUAGGGAUUCAUCGAAUAUGGAAGGAUAUCUUUGUACGUAAGAUGAACCCUUGCCCAGGAACCCUUCUUCUUGAUGUUGCUGGAGGAACAGGUGACAUUGCCUUCAGGUUUCUCAAUUACGUCCGCUCGGUGCGGGAGGGCCAGCUCCGGCGAAAGCUGAGGCAGCAGCAGAACUUAUCCUGGCAGGAGAUUUCCGAAAGUUACCAGGAAGACAACCUGAAGUCACUAGGGGACUCCCAAGUGGUGGUCUGUGACAUCAACAGAGAGAUGUUAAAAGUUGGGAAGGAGAAGGCACGGCAUCUUGGCUACUCGGAAGGUUUGUCCUGGGUACUUGGGAAUGCUGAAGAGUUGCCUUUUGAUGACGAGAAGUUUGAUGUUUACACAAUUGCUUUUGGGAUCCGAAAUGUAACUCGUAUUGAUUUGGCACUUCAGGAAGCCUAUCGUGUGCUGAAACCAGGAGGAAGAUUUCUCUGCCUUGAAUUUAGUCAUGUCAGCAACCCUGUUCUUUCCAGGCUCUAUGAUCUGUACAGCUUCCAGGUGAUCCCUGUUCUGGGUGAGGUUAUUGCUGGGGACUGGAGGUCUUACCAGUAUCUCGUGGAGAGCAUCCGAUGCUUCCCCCCUCAGGAGGAGCUGAAGGCAAUGAUAGAAGAUGCAGGCUUCUUCAAAGUGGACUAUCAGAAUUUGAACUCUGGUAUUGUUGCCAUUCACUCAGGUUUCAAACUGUGACUCGGCUACGGAGCAAAGCGCAGGAAGGGCAAUUCUCCUGAGGAAUGUGAAAAGCAUGGGAUUUUAAGGUUAUCAAGACUGACAAGUUCUAAGAACUUGUGCAACAGGGACUUGCUCAGCAGCCAGACCCAGAAGAACAUCAGCUACCCUUUUCCCCCCUCAAGAAACCUAUGGAUGGAGUGACUCCUAAGGGGUUUCUUAUGCUGGCAUUGCCCUUCAGGUGAAACAUAAAGGACGUGGCCAAAACUUGGUGGUGCCAACAAAUAAAGCAGAUGCAGUUGCCAGUGGUGUUGAUGCAGAAAUUGACUGACUGGUCUUUGUCUCACAGCAGUG